AACAGAGACGUCCGAGAUUGCGUUGAACUCAAAAUAUAAGAUAAAAGUUAUUCAAAGAUAUGUUCAGAAGGGAUUGCGUUGUCAGUAACAGUGGACGACAGUUUAGGUAAUUUUCAGAGAGCGCCGUUAGAAUGAGAAAGUUUCUACUUAACGCAGUUCUGAUCGCAAUUGUGGUUAUAAGCUGCCAAUCGGUAUUAUGUGAUAGUGACCAAAAUGAAACAAUAGUAACCGAAACGGAAGUUAUCAACUAUAUUCCAGAAAAUCAACAAUUACUAAACCAUAGUGCAACGGAUCCUAUUGCCUAUGAAGAACAAGAUGUGACUCGGUUCAUUGAUGUAUUGAAACAUCAACUUAGAUGCGGUUAUCCAAAGUUUGGUAUUCCAUCUCUAGUACCGUUGAAGUUAUCGUACAAGUUCAAAACAUCGUUGGAUUUCUUGAGUAUGAAAAAAAUACACGUUAGUGCUUCGAACUUUAUGAUCUAUGGUCUCGAUAACUUCAACUGGCUGUCUUCGAAUACUUCAUUCACCCGUACCGGGACUAAUCUGACCAUCAAUUUUCCCAACAUUACGGUUACGGCCGAUACUUCGCUAAAUGGAAUCAACGGAUCAUCUCGGUUGUCUCUGUUUGACACACUUGUCUUUCUAGUGUCUCAGUACGAGGAAAAGGACGAUUUGCUUUACGUGACCGAUUUGAAUGGUGAUAUGACGCUGAAGGCAGCAGGAGUGAAAAUAGCUCACCUAUUUCCGAAAAGCGGAAAGUUGACCAAGAUCUGGAAUAAAGCUAUCGGCGACUCACUUCCAGUGGUGACCAAACUACUAACCACGCGGAAAAUUCGUGUCGAGGUCAUCAGUCGAUUCAUCAACGGGGCCAAAUACUACACGUUAAGCUCGGCAAACAGUGCCCUUGCGACUUACAAACUAAACUUUGACGGGGUGGUUGAAAGCUUCAAGCGUUUCUCCGACAAAACGGAUGAUUCAUUAAUGUGCGACAAGGAAGAUUCGGUAGGUGAAUCUAGGAUAAUGUAAUGGCCGAUCUUCAUUAGUUUAGACUAAUGCGAAUUAAAGGAAACACGUUUGUUGUUUUCUUUUUUUUUACAUCCUGAUCAUCUAAUAAACUCAGAUCUCCGAUUCCAACUAAAAA